AUGGUUGCUAGAUUGAGGCCUCUGCCGUCUCGUGAAUCGGUGCCUGGAGUGUUCAAACCUCUCAAAUCCAGUUCCAGAAUCCACAAAUCCCGAAAACACGCGCCAGAGGCGCUGCCUGUUACUAACCAUAGGUAUGCAACGCGUCUUAAUGCUGUCAACGUCGGCAUCUUCGUCCCAAACGAGCUCGAGAAACCCAUCCGCCGUGUGAGCAAGUCCUUAAGCCGAUGCACGCCCGGACGAGUACGUCGUGGAUCCCAAACCUGCCAGCAACUAAAAGCAAAGCUACGGGCCGCAGCUCAGAGAUUAGAAGCUGCAAGUGCGAAAAAUCCAAGAGCGAAAUCUCGAGAAUGUGUGAUUUGCUUUGAGCGGAAGAAACUUGACCGCGCGGGUGAAAGCUUUCCGUAUUUUGGAACUUGCAAUCAUGCACCCGAGGUCUGUGCAGAAUGCGUCAAAACCCAUGUUAUAAACUGUCUAGAAACCCGCGUCGGCUUUCUUUGGGUGCAAGACGGACCGAUGGUCGAUUGGAGCAAGUGCACCUGUCUACAGUGUGACGCGGUCAUUGACUUGGACGCCCUUAUGCUCGGGCUAUCUAAAGAGGACCUUGCACCUGGUAUUCGUGCACGGCUUACGAUUUAUCGCAUCCUGAAGCGCCCGAGCUCCGGUCCAGUCUUGAGAUGGUUCGACAGUCGAGCAAGAUGUGCCCGACACCAGGCUGCGGAGCAAGGAUUGAAAAAACUGGAGGGUGUUCCUGGGUCUUUUCUGUCAAACCCCUGCAGCUCAGCUCAACCAUGGGCCAAACAGACAUCCACUUUUGUCCUGACGACUUCCGAAAAAAUAAUCGUGGGCGUUUUGGCGAGUCAACAUGCUCUGAGCGGGAAACUAAGCCUUAAUCCUGUGGCAGUUUGCGGAACCGAUGUCAAGCGUGGUAGUAUUUAUGGCCAUGUGUCCAAGGCGAAACCAGACAAGUUGAAUGAAGAGAGAUAA